AUGGCAAGGGAUGAUUCCGAGAUCAGUGCGGAAAUCGACCUCUACACUGCAGGCCCACCCUGCCAGCCAUUCAGCAUGGCUGGUUUGCAGAAUGGCUUGCACGAUAAACGUGCUCAUGUGCUGCUGCGUGUUCUGCAGACGAUUGAGACCAUUCAGCCCCUGACAUUUGCCUUGGAGAAUGUCAAACCAUUAGCGCGGCACAAGAUGUUCAAGCUCCUCUUUGAUUUCAUUUUGGCUUUCCUACGUUCCAUCGAAGAUGCAAAUGGCGAGAAAGUGAGCGUGUCCAGUUUGCUGGACUGCACAGAAGUCUCUGACUUACACCACGGCGUGACCACGGAGAAAGGCAAAGCAAGGGUCCAGCAGCACCUGGUGUCAGUCGCCAAAAUGAUCCAGGAUUUCAUUCUGAAGUGUUCUGCCACGAAGGCGUCACAGGAUGCUGUGUGGUGCGCCGAUGUCGGGUGCAGCUUGAAGCGCGGCGCGACAGCCCUGCCUGAAAAGUCACCGACGUUGACGCACAGUCGGUGCAAGUCUGGAGGUCACAUGUUGCUACCCAUGCAGCGGCACAUGACUUUGAAUGAAAUUGAAGAACUUCAGGGGUUUCCAGGAGGACAUUUACGGAUCCCUGCCGGAGUCAGCAAGAAGAAGUAUGCAGGCAUGCUUGGCAACGCUUUCACUGUCAGUGUGAUCGGCAGGGUUGCGUUGAAUUUGCUGAAAAUGGUCGGCAAGGGACACAAGGCCCAAGUCAUGGAGGAUUUACUGCCAGAGCACAUGGAUGUGGAACAAUGCGUGCAGGAAUUCGUGCCAGAGCAGAUCGAGCCUGUGACAGACUUUGGCAAGAAAUGGAAAAGACUUGGGCCCAGAUGGGUGGCACAGUACCCUUGGCUACACUGCACAAGGAACCGAGCUGGAGAAGUGAACAGUGUGUACUGUAAGGCAUGCAAGCUUCAUGGCAAGUUCCACGCUGAGUUUCGAACAGUGUCCUCGUUGCAGAAGGCGCACUUCGAUAAACCUGAGCGAGCUAAGAGCCACAGGAUAGCAGUUUCUGAUCCUGACGUUCGCUUGGCCCUUGUUGCCCCUCCAGUUGCUGCUUUCGUGGAAGCUCUGCGUUUAGUCCGCCAGGGUAAAGCAGGAGGGGCUGAAGGCACCGGAACUUUGAAACGUGACAAGUUGCUCAAAGCUAAGUAUUGCUUGGCUGAAGCUUUAAGGUUUCAAACUCGCAGGGACUUGAGGAGUUGCAAUUGUUUGACUUUGCACUCGGAUGCUUCCAAAGGGAGACUACUUUUGCGUGUGCAAGGUUGUGGCCCACAGCUGCGGCAAGUUCAUGCUUUGGUGGGGUGCCAAAAGCUUGAAGAUUUUGACUCCCACGGCAUUGCCAAAUGUGUCUUGCUGAUGUUGGCGGAUUUGUGCUCACCAUUCAAGCACAGCGAAUCCUUUGAAACGAGCCAGUCGCUGAAUGAAGAUGUCACCUCCAUGGACAAAGCUUUGUUGGCCCAUCUCUUUGAGAUCACAGAGGUCUUCAACGCAGACGCAGCUGCAGAUGAGCAAUUGGCUGGCCAGAUCCUUGAAUCUGGUAAUAAUAGAUUCCUGGAGGCUUGCCCCGGAACUUGUCCUGCCUUGCUUGAAGCUAUGGAUGUGAACAUGGCUACAUUCUCACAAGUGUUCCCAAACUUGAAGGUCAUCAACAAAGACAAGCCCCAUGCCGCCCGUAGGAUUGUCAGCCGGACAUGGAAAUGCGACCGUGUCCUCGACCAAAUUGUGAAGAAAGUGUUCAUGGACACCGAUGGCAUUGUGCAACAGAUUCAUUUCUCCGAUGUGUUGCGGUCCAUGUAUGCCCAGAACGUUCGAGCCAUGCAGUUCACCCCCUUGUGGAAUGAGAUUUCGGACAAAUUUUCUGCAGCGAAGCACCGAUUCGAUUCGUGGAGCAUGCCCUUUGCUAAAGUUUGCCUCACGUUAGAUGCUGUGAUCCGAACAGCCCAGUCUGCCCAUGAAGAGAGGAAAAAUGAAAAGGUUGGCCACGCAGCUCGGACAUUCUUAGACCUUCUGCCUGAGGAAACAGUUUUGCUCAUUGGGAUGCUUGCUGAUGCUCGAGAGGAAAAUCUGCAGUUGACCAGGCGCUUGGAUUCUGAGAGAACCACGUCAGGAAGCCUUGCCAUUGCAGUGCAGCAGUUUGUCAUGAAGUUGGAGGUGCUGUUUCUGAAAGGAGCAGUCGUGAAGACUGGCUACACAGCCCACCUUUUGGACCAAUUGCAGAAGCCACGGACGAUAUACAUUGACAAAGUGGCCAAACGGCUCGGUGGCUUGCCCCAGCCGCAGAUGGCGACGGUCGUUUACCGAUGCUUGAAACGCUUUGCUUCCUGGGUGCAGCUAGCGCAGGAAGUGGUCGCAACGGAGUUUCCAGCGUUUGAGAUUUUGCAGUCUAUGUCCAUUUUCCAUUUGGAAUCGUUGAAUGACCAAGUGCACAGAAGAGACGACCACAGGACUGAAGCACGAGACGUUAGCGAUAAGAUCCACAAAGUGUCAAACGUUUUGUCCUUGGAUGAGUGCGCGUUGUCAAGCCAGUUUGCAGACUACCACCCUGUAGCUCAGCACAAGUUUGAAUCCGCUGCAGACAUCGAACCAGUGCUGGCCUGGAAAGCAGCUUUGGAUACAGUUCUGGAGGACAAGCGAAAUCUCCAGCACCACCCCCAAGAGGAACUCAGGCAGGCUCUGAGUAGAGCUAUUGGCUGGGGCUGCUCCAGUUCGGGUGUGGAGCAAAACUUUGCAGGUGUCCGAACAUUGACAAAAAGCAAAGGAAACAUGACCGAAGUGAACCUGAGGGAUGAAAUUUUCCUCUUGACCACACAAAAUUGGACCGAAACUCAAGACCAGGAGUUGGCAAAGGCUGCUGCGGUGAUUUGGUCUCAACUUUUUGGGACAGUGAAAGCAGCAAGUUCCAAAGACUCAGUCUUAAGAUCUGUAGCAGCGCAGCGUGGGUGGAAGAAAAGGGCCAGAGAAGGCACAUGGCAAGCGCCUUGUCUCAAAACUAGUUUCAUGUGCUCAACACUCAAAAUUUAG